AUGCACAAACACACUCACACUCACACCAACAUCAACGUGAACGUGAACGAAAAACGACAAGCCGAACCCGAACCCGGCAACAAUGAACGCCCUGGGCUACUUGCCGACAUUUGUUGUGCCAUAAAAGUGCAACGCGCCGGCGGUAGCAACAGCAACAACAACAAUACCAUCGACAACAACAACAGCAAUUGUGAUGGUGGAAAGGAACAGUCAGCAGCCGGUUGCUACUUUGAAGUACUUGUGCUUAUCAUUCAUGACAACCCCAGCAUGAAAAUGAAUACGAAAACACAACAGCAGCACAAUAAGGAAGUACUUCAAGCAAUGACAAUUGAAUACCCUACAAUUGCUUAGCAUUCCUCUCAAUACUUUUCAUUAAUUUGUAUUCAAAUUACAAAAUCAACAAUCAGAGAACUCAGGUUGAAAAGUAGAUUGCACAUUGAAUAAACUCUUAUUGAGAA